UUCAAACUUCAGAAAGGCGCUUAAACCGGCCUCUCUAUUCAGAAGUCUUAGUUCCACAGAGAGAGAGAGAGAGAGAGAGGGACAGAUGGACGACUCAAUUGGGAAAUUCUGCAAAACCCUAGCGAGUUUCUGCAAUCACCUACAAAGCAGCUGUGACGCCCUCAAACAGUCCGUUGAACGCCGUCCUAUCCCUCUUGACUCUGCUUCGUCGACGUUCGUUCAAUGCCUGAACCGUAAAGUCUCAUCAACCAACAGUGACCUAAACUUGCUGGAAUCGAUGUCGUUCGGAACGGUGUCGUUCGAGGAGUUAUUGGGUCACUGCAAUGAGGUUUACAAGAAGAACCAGAGUGAUAUUGUGGAAUUGGGGGACCGUCUCAAGGGCUUCGGAUACAAUCCCGAAGGAUUUGAGAUUGAUGAAGAAGAAGAGUUUAAUGAUAAUUCAUCUCCUCCUCGUGGGAUGGACUUGAAGAAAACAGAAGAGGACCCUUUAUUUGAGGAUUCACCGAGUUUGAAGGAUCUUGGACUUUCUGAUGUUUGUCUUGCCACAAUAGCAUCUGAAGCUAACAAUAAGAUUCAGAUGGAGGAACUGUAUCAACCUGCUUCAGAGUUCUUGGAAGUGAGUGAAGAUGCAUGGUUAUAUUUGGUAGGGGACAUGGGAUAUAAGUCAAUUGAAGACCCCGAAUCCAUAAUAACUGUAUCAAAAGAUGUUUAUGAAAGUCUUCCUUCGUAUAUGAAGAGUUUAGCAUCAUGGGAGGAUUUGCUUGCUGUUGUCGACAAGAUGAACUCAAGCCUAAGUAAAAAAGGAAAAACAAAGGGAGGCAAGUUCUUCCACCAAGAUGAGAUUGCUUCACUGGAUUUAGGGCCAAAAGGGAGAUCUUAUUUGCUGCUGCUUUUACGUAUGAAUAGGUUAGUUGUUGAGACCAUUGAUGGUGUAAUAUCCUACAGAGUAUUAUCCGCAACAUGAACAUGAAGCCCAAUCGAUGUGGCUGGCUCCUUCAUAUACCUUUAAUGUGAGAAGUUUCCAAAAUUUCAGUUUUAACACCUAAUAUACUUAAGCCUUGUGGGUCAAUCCAAUCUGCAAAAAUGCACAAGUCUCUCUUUGUUUCUUUCCUUUCCCUUUACCUUCCUGAAAAAUAAAAAUUGUAACAAUUUCGGUACAAUAUUUGGCUCGUAUCGUAGCACUUAAAACCUGCUCCACGAGUUCAGAAGCUGAUUAAUUUUGCUGCAGCCAUAGUGGAAGUUGUUUCUUCAUAUUGUUUCAUGCCGUAUAAUAUUUUCCACUACACAUUGCCUAGAACUGAA